AAUCGACAUCCGCUGGACGGUGAUCUAAAUACAGGAUUCCGACGUAAAGAACAUGGCCGAAGGAACUUUCUCAGAAGAGAAACUUAUUUCAUCCAUGUUCUCAGGAAUAUGGAAGAGCCGCUGCUUGAGUGUUCUGGUGUCAUUAGGUGUCCCAGAAUUGCUGUGUAACUCGGUCACUCCUGUCAGUAUUCAAGAGAUCGCUGAGCGAACUGGCUGCCACACAGGUGAAAAGAUCUACAAGGUUUUGAGAACCAUGGCUCAGUGGGGAAUUGGGGAGGAAUUAAUCGAGAAACACUUUAAGGCCAAUCGAGCCAUGGAGUUGCUGAGGAGAGACAAAGGACCGAGUCUUGGCCAUAUGGUUGGAUACUACGCAAGCGAUGAAGUUUGGGCCGCCAUGUUGGCUUUUCCACAGGCAGUCAAGGAUGGCGGCGAUACAGCGUUUGAACUUGCUCAUGCGAUGAAUCUGUAUGACUACAUGUACAGAGCUGAGGAACUGGAGUAUUCUCCUCCCACGAAGUCAGAAGAUAUAGCUUCUGACAUGGGUACGAAACAGAGGAGAUCGGAAUUCGCACACAAUUACGAUCGCGCAAUGAGCAUGUUGUCCCAGAUGGAGUUGGACAGCGCGCAGCCAACUUUGUUUACAGUAUACCCCUGGGUCAAGUGCGAACGAAUCAUGGACAUCGGGGGAGGGGAGGGUCAGUUUUUAUCGCAGAUUCUUAAACUGCCAGGCUGUGAACAUAUUAAAGGAGUAUUAUUUGACUUUCCCGAUGUAGUCGAGCGUGCUAAAUUGUUCCUAGCCAAAGAAAAUGUACCAGAUCACAGAGUGACAUUGCUGAAAGGAGACAUCCUGGAUGGAAUACCGAAGUGCAAAGAGGUAGAUACAAUCAUUGUGAAAAAUUUAUUUGUAAUUUUUACAGAAGAUGAGAUGGUAAAAGUUUUGGAAAACUGUCGUCAAGUUCUUGCUGCACAUGGCAAAUUUAUUAUUGUUAACAGUUGCAACCCUGAAGCGAGAGAUACGGAGCAUAAUGUUACCAAAACUGGUUUACAGCUGGGUUUUCGUGGCAUUCAUAUCAUGGCAAUGAGUAAGAUGGGACAUUUUAGAACGAAGAGUGAGUGGCUGAACUUGAUUGACAGGUUAUGCAAGAAAGUGGCUUUUCGACUAAACGCAGUCUAUGAGACUGGUGAUGGUCCUACAUUGUUUGAGCUGCUAAAUUGCGAAUAGAUGGUUUUUUUCUUUCUUGUGUGUUCAAAGUGGGCCUUUUCAUUUGGAGGCGAUGGAUUUAAAAAAUUGAAUGAACUUUUGACUUCUGUUUGCUGUCCUUCAACACAAGCUGAGAUAUAUGAGCACGAUUUAGAAGAAAAAUUAAUUACUCCAGCUGAAAGAAAGCACUUACUGGAAGGAAAUCAAAUUAGAGAUUUAGGGUUAUGUCAAUCAAUUUAAAAAACACAAAUUGGACCCGACCUUCUGAAGGUGACAGAAUUAAUUGAGGUGAAGCAGUACAAUUUGGAAGACAUUAGUCUGAGCUUCUUUUUGAUUAAAUAUUAUAUCCCCACGCCUACAGAAAAAUAAAACAAUUUUACAGACAUUACUGUAACUGUAUAUGUUGCAAAUGAGAAAGCGGA